CUGAGUCGGCUGACAUCUAUCAUAGCGGCCAUUUGAUACUUCGUUUCAAUAAAACCAGUUAGAUAAGUCAGAGGCCUAGAGCUCCUGCUCACUGCCCGUUUCCCCUGAGCUGCCUUCCAACGUUACAAUUGUACCAUUUACGGUAUGGUAAUUACUAGGCACAGUAGCACAUGACGUAUCUCAGCCAUUCGGUACCAGCACCGCUUACUGACCGUCCGAGGCCAAAGCCUGGCGCAUGAUUCUGCAACCCCACACGCGUUAAGGGGCUCGUUCGCGUUGGGAAAGCCAUCGUAACUGCGAUGCUCAUGGUAUGUGGAAUUUUUGGAUGCCUGGGCCACGCCUUCUCGAGGUCACCGUCCUCGGCAUCCUUAAGCACGGCUGAGCAGCAGCACCACCACGGCGCGCAUAACAUAGAUCGCCGCCAGCCCGGCGAUCGACAUCACGGACGUAAUGCCCGGGCAUCCAGCCAAAACGGGCUCAUUACUGCCGGACCUGGGGCUCAUGGUGGAGGUGCAAGCAGUUCAUCUACCGGGGCAACAAGCGAGCUUGACUCCCGACCCGCACCCGGACUAGGGUUGCAUUCUCUUUCGCCGACGCUGGAACAGACACCCCAGGUGCUGUCGUACGAUAGCGACCUCCCAGUCGGCGGUGGCGGUGUUGCCGCCGCCGUCGCCGCCGCUGCUGCCGCCACCUCGCAGCCCGCCAUGCUGGUCAAAAUGGAGCGAAUGGGCAACCCCCGCCGCACGCCCCUUCACGUGGCCGCGGAGCGAGGGCAGCUGCACGUCCUCUCCGCCAUCAUUGAGAGCCUGUGCUGCUCCGCCACAGCUGCGCAGCUGACGGAGGGCACGCCUAGCGGCACCGGCAGCGGCGAUGGCGACGGCGGUGGGGGCGGAGGCGGACAUGGCCGGAGCUCCGCUACCGGCAGCGUGGGUGGAGGGGCGCCGGCGGAAGCGCCUGGCCUGCUACACCCCGCGGAUUUCCCGCACGUCAAUCACCAGCAGCAGCAGCAGCGCUACCCGCAGCAUCCCGCCCCCCAUGCGCCACCACGUAACCACCCCCAACAGCAACAGCAGCGUCACACGCACCAGCAGGGGCAACACCAUCCCCAGCAGCACCACCACCAGCAGCCACAACCGCAGCUCUCGCGGGACAGGGGCCAGGUCGGCUCCUCUCCGGCGCACGGAGGCGGUGGUGGCGGCGGUGGCACCAACCCCACUAGCAGCGGCAGCCCGGCGCCCCCCAUGGAGGAGUUCCCGCCGUUGCGGCCGGGUGCGGGGGGCGCGCCGCUGGCCCCCGAGCAGUUCAUCCAGUUCCACCUGAACAUGCAGGAUGUGGAGGGCACUACCGCGCUGUCCCUGGCUUGCCGCUUCGGCCACGUGGACUGCUGCCGGCUGCUGCUCGCCAACGGCUCAGCUCGCACGCUGUCUGAUGCGCGCGGCAACACACCGCUGCACUACGCAGCUCUCAGAGGCCACCUGGGAGUGCUGUUCAUGCUGCUAGACGAGUUUGUGGAGCCGGGGCGAGAGGAGGAGCUCGCGGGCUACGUUGACGCGCGCAACCACGCGGGCUGCACUCCGCUGCACUACGCGGUGUGGGGCCGCCAGUCGGGCAGCGUGCAGGUGCUGCUGCAGCACGGGGCCGACGUGCUGCCGCGCAACAGCCGGCCGGCGCAGGAGCUGACGCCGGCGGUGAAUGUGGUGGGGUCCACGCCGCUGCACUUGGCGGCGGCGAGGGGGCAUGUCGAGAUCUGCCGCAUCAUCUUGAAGACCUUUGCCGAGCGCGUCUUGGAGCCGCUGCAGCUGACAGAGGACGAUCCACAGCCGCCCACGCUCGCCUCGCUCGACCCACGGGUCCAAGUCAACGCCAACGGUCACAUGCCGUACCAAGUCGCCCAGCGCCUUGGCUUCUAUCCGCUAGCCAUGUUGUUGCGCCCCUCCAUACCAAUUCUGCGUCUCUUCAGUGAUGAGGAACGGGCGAUUCGCUUCUACGGCCCCGCGCCCCUGCGCGCGAUCGCCGCUGAGGCGCUAAACAAGAAGCUCUUGUCAGAGUUGGAUGCCCUGGCGGCGGCAGCAGCGCUGCAGGAGCCGAGGGACUGGAAGUGCUUCCCUACCAGCAGGGCCGUGCGGGCGCAUCGUCAACGCCCUCGCCUGCCUCACCUGGGCCGAACAGCAGCAACACCAGCGGCGGCAGCGUCGCAGGCUCAAGCCCCCAACCCGUCCCGCCCAGGACACCCCUCUCCGUCAACACCGGCGGCGUGGCGCCCGUUUCCCCGGGCCGUACUACGACCCCACGCUCACUCAUCCCUCCGACUCCCUCUCCUGGUGGAGCAUCCGCCUCACCCUCCUCACCCUUCUCCUCCUCCUCACCCUAUCACCACCACCACCAGCAACAGCAGCAGUUGGAGGUAACGGCUCGCAGCCCUCGCCGCUGCACCCCGACGCUGAUGGGCAGUCGCUCCACCACCGCAUUAGUGCCCGCAGCGCCCCUGGUCUCCUCGCUGUCCCGGCCUCCCAGUGCGGCCAGAGCCAACGGCGGAUCCAUUCAGUGCGGACCCCAGCGUGGCUCAUCCGUUGUGCUGCGGCUGCCUGGCCAACCGGACGUGCCUGAGCUGCAGCAACAGCUACCGCUGGCGGGAAAUGGAAACUCGAGGGAGCAGGCAUGCGAUGAAAGGGCUGCUGCUGUUGUUGCUGUGACAGGUAGCGGGCCUGGUAGCAGUGCAGGCAGCAAUGCAGCCGACAGCAGCGGUAGUGGUAACAAUAACAUGGCUAACAGCAGCAACAACAACGGCAGCAGCAGCAGCAACAUCAUCCUACAUGCCGGAACAGUAUCCAUGGGUGGGCUGGCAACAGGUGAGGCUCACGUCAGGGUCAGCAGUCUCACCAGCAAUUCCUCCGCCUCAUCCCGUGAUGAGGAUCAAAUCCAUGAGUCCAGCCCUAACGCCAACAGCAGCAGCAAUGCUCCUUUUGGGCCGACCACACCCGUUGGUCGCGCGUCUUCAGGGGCAUUGCAUGUACGGCGCAUCUCCCUGGCAUCGCCAUUACGACAACCCAACAACUCUCCAAACCUUACCAACCCCCGUCCAGCAACCACCUCCAGCGCCGCAGCUACCACCGGCGUUGGCAUCCUGCUGCCCACAUCUGUUUCCAUGGAGAGCGUUUCAUCAUCACCCUCCAUGCGACGUGGUAUGGAAGACAGCCGG